AAGAAACAUAGUCGGUUAUCAGGAAAAAAAAAAGUUGUAUAAAUAAAAUCAGUACUGGUGGUUUAAAACGCCCAACAACAACAAAAUUCUCCAAACAAACUGGAAAACCAAAAAUACGAAAGAGGAGAAGAAAACGGAAGAGUAGAUAAACAGAAUAGAGAUGUUAGGCACCUCACCGAUAUUGCCUCUUCCGGCGCCCCCGUUGGAUGGGAAUCUGGGACCAACACCUCCAGCUCAGGUGUUAGAGGAACCAAAGGAUGAUAAGAUGGAAGAGAAUGAAGAGGAAAACAAUAAAGCUGACAAUGUUUCAACAUCUGUUGCAACACAUACAAGAACUAUUGGUAUAAUUUACCCCCCUCCGGAUAUUAGGAGUAUUGUUGACAAGACUUCACAGUUUGUGGCGAAGAAUGGUCCAGAAUUUGAGAAGAGGAUUGUUCAAAGUAAUGCUGGCAAUGCAAAAUUCAACUUUCUGAAUGCUUCUGAUCCUUACCAUGCCUAUUAUCAGCACCGUCUGGCUGAAGCUCGCUCACAGAAUCAGGCUUCUGGAGAGCUGCCUACUCAUCCAGAAGACAAAGAAGCAGCCCCUGCUCCUCCUAUUGCUGAUGCUGCUGAGGCAACUGCAAAACCUGAUCUGUCAGCUCAAUUUAGACCUGUCAUAAAGGUUCUUGAGCCACCUGAGGCAGAGCAGUAUACCGUUAGACUCCCUGAAGGGAUCACAGGUGAAGAACUGGAUAUCAUUAAGCUUACAUCACAAUUUGUGGCCAGAAAUGGGAAGUCUUUCUUAACUGGGUUGACAAGCAGAGAGAUAAAUAAUCCCCAAUUUCAUUUUCUAAAGCCUACUCACAGUAUGUUCAUGUUUUUCACUUCACUUGCGGAUGCAUAUUCAAAAGUUCUGAUGCCUCCUAAAGGUUUGAUGGAUAAGCUGCAGAAGAGUGCUGCUGACAUGACAACAGUCCUAGAGCGAUGUCUUCGUCGGUUGGAAUGGGAAAGAUCACAGGAGCAGGCUAGACAGAAAGCUGAAGAUGAGAUUGAACAGGAGAGGUUGCAAAUGGCUAUGAUUGAUUGGCAUGAUUUUGUUGUUGUUGAGACGAUAGAUUUUUCUGAUGAUGAGGAUCAGGAUUUACCUCCACCUAUGACUCUUGAGGAGGUUAUAAGGAGGAGCAAGAUGCCUAUGUUGGAGGAAGAGGACUAUGUUGAGCCUGGAAAGGAGGUGGAAAUGGAGAUGGAUGAAGAAGAGGUGCAGCUAGUUGAAGAAGGUAUGCGAGCUGCGAAUCUUGAAGAGAAUGGGGGUAUCAAGAGUGCUGAAACCAUGGCAAUUCCAGAAGAAAAGGAUCCACCAAUGCGGAUUGUGAAGAACUGGAAGAGGCCUGAAGAGAGGAUCCCGGCAGAAAGGGACACAACUAAGUAUGUUGUCUCUCCUAUUACUGGUGAACUAAUACCUAUUAAUGAGAUGUCUGAACAUAUGAGAAUCUCUCUCAUUGAUCCGAAGUACAAGGAACAGAAGGACAGGAUGUUUGCGAAGAUUAAGGGAACAACUCUUGCACAGGAUGAUGAGAUUUCUAGGAACAUUGUUGGGCUUGCCCGAACCCGUCCAGAUAUAUUUGGUACAACGGAAGAAGAAGUUUCAAAUGCGGUCAAGGCUGAGAUUGAAAAAAGGAUGGAAGAGUCGAAGCAGGUCAUAUGGGAUGGUCACACAGGUAGCAUUGGCCGCACUGCAAGCCAUGUAAUGUCUCAGAACAACACGGAUGAUCAGAAUGACACUGCAAAUGAUGCAAGAAACCUUCCUGGUCCGCAGGCUCCUCCACCUCUCAGACCCGGUCUUCCAUCUGUUAGGCCACUACCUCCACCUCCUGGGCUUGUGCUGAAUAUUCCUAGGCCUCCUAAUACAGUGCAGUACUCCACUCCCACCAGUGCUGGGGUUGCUGCUCCGUCUCCACCUCGACCUGCUAUGGUUAACAUGAUUCCUCAGGCUCGGCCCCCACCUCCUCCCAUGCCACAAAUGCCAGGUCAGCAAAACCUCAUGGUGAAUCAUCCCCCAAUGCCUCCAUCAAUGGCUAUGAAUUCGCAUAGCCUUCCGAUUCCACCACCUCCUGGAUCACAGUUUGCAUCUUUGGGAGCACCUCGACCCUUUGUUCCUCAUCCCAUGUCCCAGCCCGGAAUGUCUAUGGUUCCGCCUCCUCCUAUGCCCCAAGGAAUGCCACCACCUCCUCCACCCGAGGAAGCCCCUCCUCUCCCGGAAGAGCCAGAGCCAAAGAGGCAAAAGCUUGAUGAGUCUAUUCUCAUUCCCGAAGACCAGUUUUUGGAUCAGCACUCGGGACCUGCAAGGAUCAAUGUAUCUGUGCCUAAUACUGAUGAAGGGAAUCUCAAAGGACAAGUUCUGGGAAUCACAGUGCAAUCUCUGUCUGAAACCAUUGCCAGUCUGAAAGAGAAGAUUUCCGGGGAGAUCCAGCUUCCUGCAAAUAAACAAAAGCUGAGUGGAAAGGCUGGUUUUCUCAAGGACAACUUGUCUCUUGCAUACUAUAAUAUUGCUUUUGGAGAAACACUCAGUCUCUCUCUGAGAGAACGUGGUGGGAGAAAGAGAUGAUGGGAAGUUAUGUGGCAUGGCCUUAAAGGUUCUAUUUCUGGUGGGAGACGCUUGCCCCAAGCAUACCUGCCUCUUGUGUGGUGCAUUUUUGGGGUACUUGAGCCCCUUUGUUCAAGUCAUAUGUCGCUUCAUUCUUUUCAUUUGUUUUGGUGGAGUUUGCUGUAUGGAGAAAGUGGCUAAGGUUUCUCUGAUGCCUUUAUUUUAUCAACACAGUUUUACCCCUGUUAGGGGCUGUGAUGUAUGCUGUAGGUCCGUUCUGUUGUGAGGUUCCAUCUCAAUAGAAAAGCAGUUGCCCUGGCUUUCAAAGGAGGUUGCAGAUUGAUGAUUAACACAUGCUUAAUAUGUCUUUUGCACUUCCUCUAAACGAAGUAGGUUUUUCAUGGUGAGACGAUGGUUCAGAGGAGUUUGUUGGGGUUUAGCUGAAUGAGAUAAUCGCCUCGGUGGUAUUUCAGACUUUAGUUUCCUAUGCAGGUCUCAUGUCUUUUUGAAAAAUUGGAGGCUUCAUUUGGUACAGGAAAGAGGGUUGGAUAUGCCACUUUGUGCUUGAGUCUGAUCUCUGCCUCCAACUAGUUGAUUAUGUAUGAUUGAUUGGAAGAGUCAAGAUUUUAGAGAUAGAAGAGGAAAUAUGGGUGUAGUUGAAAAACAGACUGAUUGAUUCUGCUAGUUUCAAAACUGAAGUCCAUAAUAGUGAAUGUGUAAUUUAUUUUGGAUGAUCUGGCACAACCCUCGUAGUUGGUUCUUACUUGGACAGAUUCAUUUCAUUUUUCUGAGGGAAACAUGGGAAGUUUGAAUGUUGAGUUUAUGUUCAAAUAUAGCAUAUAUAGUUUUAAGGAUUUUCCUAUCUAUUGGGGAAGGUGGGGACUUCACCAAAAAAGUGGGAGUUCAGGUAGCAUACCGAUGUGCUAGUAAGAUUUUCCUCUUCAUUCAUUCCUAUUUUCACGUGUGACUAAAAGAAAAUAAGUCUGAUAAUCAAUCAACUCGUUGAAGUUGGUGAAUACGUAUUUCACUUCGGUGAAUCCAAAAUGUAAUGGGUUUUGAGUUCCAAUAAAGCAAGGCUACCAUAAGUUAUUUA